AUACGAAAGGAUGGCAAACCCAAUGGUUACGAAAGACUCUCUCUUAUAUUCCAAAGAGAAUUAUGAUUCUUAGAACUUUGAACGUUCGCGUUUAAAUAGAGACCCACCAAUUCCACUUCCGUGCAUCCCCACCACUUGCUUUUGCUUCGUCCCUCAGCCAAACACACGGAACGCUCACAAAUGGUGAUCGAAUUCUUUCUUUUCCUCGCCCUCUACGCCGUCGCGAAGCGGCUGCUCCACAAGAUCCGGAACCUCCCGCCCAGCCCGUUCCCCACCCUGCCCAUCCUCGGCCACCUCCACCUCCUCAAGAAGCCCCUCCACCGCUCCCUGUCCCGGAUCUCCCGGCGCCACGGCCCCGUCGCCCUCCUCCAGUUCGGGUCCCGCCGCGUCCUCGUCGUCUCCUCCCCGGAUGCCGCCGAGGAGUGCCUCGCCAAGAACGACGUCGUCUUCGCCAACCGCCCCCGCCUCCUCGCCGGGAAGCACCUCGGCUACAACCACACCAGCCUCGCCUGGUCCUCCUACGGCGACCACUGGCGGAAUCUCCGCCGCAUCGCCUCCCUCGAGAUCCUCUCCACCAACCGCCUCCUGACCCUCUCGAGCAUCCGGGCCGGCGAGGCGAAGUCGCUGCUCUGCCGGCUAGCCAAGAGCGGCGGCCAGAGCGUGGACAUGAAGUCCGCUUUCUUCGAGCUGAUGCUGAACGUGAUGAUGCAGAUGAUCGCCGGAAAGAGGUACUACGGAGAGAACGUGGGGGAGGUGGAGGAGGCGAGAAAGUUCAGGGAGAUCGUGACGGAGACGUUCAAGAUCGGCGGCGCGACCAACAUCGGCGAGUUCUUGCCGUUCCUGAGGCGGAUGGGCCUGAACGGAGUGGAGGAGCAGCUGAUGGCGGUGCAAAAGAAGAGGGAUGAGUUCAUGCAGACCUUGAUCGACGAGAGCCGGAGCGGUGAGGGCGAUGCGUCGCCGGAGGCGGCGGAAGGAGGGAAGAGGAAAACGCUGAUCCAGGUGCUCUUGUCUCUGCGAGAGACUGACCCAGAGUACUACAAGGACGAGACUAUCAAGAGCCUUAUGCUGGUUCUGUUAGCGGCCGGAACCGAUACGUCGGCGGCGACCAUGGAAUGGGCGAUGUCGGCUAUGCUCAACCAUCCGGAGAUUCUGAAGAAGGCGCAAGCCGAAAUAGACGAGGUCGUGGGUCACGACCGCCUAUUCAGCGAAUCUGACUUGCCUAAGCUCCCCUACCUCCACUGCAUCAUCAACGAGACGAUGCGCAUGUACCCCGUGGGUCCGCUCCUCGUGCCCCACGAAUCGGCGGAGGAGUGUCACGUCGGAGGCUACCGCAUCCCGCCAGGCACGAUGCUCCUGGUCAACCUGUUCUCCAUACAGAACGAUCCCAAGUACUGGCCCGACGCGGCGAAAUUCAAGCCGGAGAGAUUCGAGGGGAUGGAAGGCGUGAGGGACGGGUACAAGAUGAUGCCCUUCGGCUCGGGGAGGAGAGGGUGCCCGGGCGAGAACCUCGCCCUGCGCAUGGUCGGGCUGGCGCUCGGGUCGUUGAUCCAGUGCUUCGAGUGGGACCGGAUCGGCGACGAACCGAUCGACAUGACGGAAGGGACCGGACUGACCAUGCCCAAAGCUCAGCCGUUGUUGGCUAGAUGCAGGCCUCGCUCCUUCACAUCGGACCUUCUUUCUCAGGCUUGAAUCGAUCGAUAGGGGCGAGGGGUGUCGAUGUUUCGAGAUGUAGCACUAGCACUCUGGGGUGUUGAUACAAUAGCCUUCUUCUUUGAAUAAGGGAGUUCGCCAUGCGGAGUGAUUUGAAACGAGUGGCUAGCAUCAUUUACACUUGCGAUUUCGUAGAUUUUCUCCGUGGCGAUGAAUUAAUCAAAUCCCGAUAAAAAUAUUCGACGUUCGGUGGGGCCAAACACAGGAUGACGAUGCAUCUUCGAGAACAUAGCGACAGGCACGACCUCUUGAGAGUCCAAGUCUUUCCACUAGAAUAAAGGAUACAAGGUAUUGUCGGGUAUAGCGGUGCCGUGCACGCGGGGAAAGGGGAACAGGCGGAUCGCUAAUUGCGGGGUGGUCCCCAUUCCCGUGUACGGGAGUCGGAUUCGAAUCUAUUCGACAAGAAGGUGUUUUGAUGACUCUGAAAAACGGACAAAUUAAGUCAACUCCGGUGCUCGCCUUCAAUUUAGUGGAGGCUGUUGAAGAAGCAGUGCCUCUCUCUC